CCAAGCCGUAAAAAUACUCAAGUUUUAUGAUACUUAAACAGAUAGCAGGUUUGAGAUAACAGUUAUCGUUUAAACUAUUCUAACUUCCUUUUUUGAUAUAUUCAGAGGCUCAUGUUUUUUUUUACGCUUUUUAUAUCGGAUAAUCAUGAAGGAUUCUGUUUUCUUGGUAUUAAUCGUUUUGAUGAAAGCUUUGGUUUCCUUCACUGAAGAUGAUGCAUCCUCUGUUUUUUACUGCAACACGGCACUUAUGACUUGGCAAGAGGCAUUUGGCAGUUGUAAAAGUAAAGGUGGUUAUAUGCUCCCAUUUGAGACUGGUUUAGGACAAAAUAUAGACAAACUCAAUUUACAGAGUGAAGCAGACAUAUGGACAGACGAUCAUUUAACACUAGUGCAUAACGGAAAUGACGAAUAUUGUGGAUUUAACUACCUCAAUAGCACAUUAUACGAAAUCAGAGAACCGCUUUAUGGAGAUUGUUACGCUAACAGAAACUAUUUUUGCAAUAAUAAUAAAAAAGGUGUGUUAGAUGUCUACAACAAUACUCGAGAAAAUGUCCACUGCAACUUUAACGUUUUCUUUUCUGGUUCACACAGCAUGCGAUCAAUAAUUAAACCAGGAUAUUAUUGGAAUACUUGGACAGUGCAUGGGACAGCUAGUUCGACUAGAACAAUGGUAGACAACUUGAACACUCAAGACAUACUAUGUGGAGGAUAUAAAAGUUCGAUUGGAAGGUAUUAUGCAAAUUGUACGGAAAAACGUUCCUCGUUAUGUACGCAGAAUUUAGAGACAACUACAGAUACAUUUCAUACAUCAACCAAACAGCCAAUGAAAGAACAAACUUCAACCAAAGAUAAAACAAAUGAAAAGAACAUUCAUCCACAACAGGAGGAGCAAAGUUCAGAUAUAGGAAUCAAAGUUGGUGUACCACUUGGUAUAAUAUUACCUUUGACAUGUGGAGUUUUAAUUAUCAUUUAUAUUUACAGAAAAAGGAUAAAUUGUUGGCAGUCUAGCAAUCGAAAACAUGAAAAUGGACGUAUGAAUCAGUUUCACAUUCAAGAAACUUCGCCAGUCCACGGUCAGCUCAACGUUUACUCUGAAAGCAUUCAAGAAACUCCAACAUCACCAGAACAAGGCACAAAUGAAAAUAAUAUCACAGAUAUUAGUGCACAGUAUGCUGUUGUCAAAAAACCUAAAACGGGCGACUCAAAAUCCAGGAAAGAUAAUUACUCGAAUGCAUCGUAUCGAAACGCAACGCACGAUGAAUAUGAUGUUGCUAGUAGGAUUCAAAAUUACAAAUCUAAUCCAUCCGACAAUAUUUACAACCAUUUUGAAAGCCCGGACGAGUAUAAUUCAACAUCUUUUGUAAGGAAAGAAGGAGAGUGUGACAGUUUGUACAACACAACAGGAGACCGCAAUCUCGUUGAAUCUACAUACGACUCCACAGCACAGGUGAAUAACACAGCAUUGCCUGAUGACGUUUACAAUCAUUUUUCCCAAGAUGACAACUACUAUGACUCUACAUCUAUUACUAGAAAUAAAUGACAAGAAAAAAUUGAUGGGGUAACCAAGUGUUACAGAAAUCUAUGUUUCAUUAGAACUGCUUGUCAAAUACUAGUUAUGUGUUAUGAUUAAAUAUAAAAUGUAUGUUGCCGCUGUGAUAAUUUUGUCUGUACCAGUACUUCUAGUGUUGAAGAUGGAAAUGCUAUUUAGCACUUGAUCCUGCUGAAAUGAUCAAUUAAUCAAGUUUAACACACGAUGUGUUCUUUGUGUUUUAAUAAACUUCGGAACAUGAACCUGUCGGACCACAUACAUACCGAACAAGACAUUUUGGACCAAUUAUUUUGGAUAUCUCGGACAUGAUUUAUGGACUCUUCUGACUACGCAAUCAAAUUACCAUGUAUUUUUGUUGAUUUUGUUGGCAUCUAUUUGUGAAUGCAUGCUAUUUUGAAUAAUAAUUUAAAUGAAUAUCACA